AAUUUGGUUCGUGACAUUAUUGUUUAGGAACGCGCCUCUUCUUUUGUAGUCGUCAUCUUUGAUAAUAUACAGGUUUUGACUUGGCAGAAGGAUAGGAGAUCUGAGCUGAAAUGGAGAGAGUGCAACUGUCUUCGCCGGAUAUUCACGGAGAACUGACGGCGAACUGGUGGGAUGAGAUCAAUGAGUCGGUGAAAUGGCAGGACGGAAUAUUCUUCACUCUCUGCGGGGCCUACGCUCUCGUUUCGGCUGUUGCCCUGAUUCAACUAAUAAGAAUUGAACUGAGGGUACCUGAGUAUGGCUGGACUACGCAAAAGGUUUUCCACCUCUUGAACUUCAUUGUGAAUGGAGUGCGUGCUGUGGUGCUUGGAUUUCAUAAACAAGUUUUUCUUUUGCACCCCAAGGCACUAACUUUGAUACUCUUGGAUCUUCCUGGGCUACUGUUUUUCUCAACAUAUACGCUUCUUAUCCUCUUUUGGGCAGAGAUAUAUCACCAGGCUAGGAGUUUGCCCACUGAUAAACUGAGGAUUUUCUAUAUUUCUAUCAACGGUGCAAUAUACUUCAUUCAGGUCUGCAUCUGGGCAUUCAUCUGGAUGGAUGACAACAGUGCUGUGGAAUUUGUUGGAAAGAUUUUUAUUGCAGUGGUAUCAUUUAUCGCAGCAUUAGGUUUCUUGAUGUAUGGAGGAAGGUUAUUUUUAAUGCUGAGACGUUUCCCCAUCGAGUCAAAAGGAAGGAGAAAGAAACUUCAUGAGGUUGGAUUUGUGACGGCUAUAUGCUUCACUUGUUUUCUUAUAAGGUGCUUCGUGGUUGGGGUAUCUGCUUUCGACCCAGAUGCAUCUCUUGAAGUAUUGGACCAUCCAAUUCUAAAUCUUAUCUAUUACACGCUGGUCGAGAUUCUUCCUUCAGCACUAGUGCUGUACAUCUUGCGCAAGCUGCCUCCCAAAAGAGUAUCAGCUCAAUACCAUCCCAUCCGUUAGUCAUGGUGCAUUUUUAUUGGCAGUGGUAUUGUUUUGGGUUACCAAGGUUCCAGCUUAGAGAAAUUAGUGACCUUGAAGGGGUUGAAUAGGAGCCUGGAAAGAAAUCCAGAUGUUUUAUUUCUCUGGAAUGCUCGUCCUGUAUUUGUAUGGAGCUCAAGCUGAGAUAGAUUUUCAAUUGUUCUUGUUAUAAAUUGUGGGUUGGAAGAAGUUUGCAAUUUGACAGCAUAUUAAGAAAUUAGCGCAUGAUAAAAUUGUUCUUGCAAUUGUAAUGUUGGAGGGUGUUAAUUUUACCAUCUUCUCAAUA